AUGCAGUUCUUCUUGGAUGAUUCCGGCACUCCCAUCCGCCUUGUGCCCGCCGGUGCCCAGCGCCCGGCCCGGCGAUUUGACGCUCCCCCGUCGCCGCCGAUCCCGCCCUCGCGCGCCGUCCCCGGCUACCCGUACAUCCGGCUGAGCAACGACGACGACCUGAGCGACAACUACCCCUUCGACGCCUUCCAGGACCUGCGCUCAGCCUUUGCCUCACCCUCCCUGCGCUCCAUGCAGACCCGCAUGGACUACGUGCAGCAGCAGCGAGCGCGCGCUCAUCUGCAGCGGCAACUGCUUGAACGCCAGAUGCACGACCAGGAGAUGCGCGAACGCGAAUUGCGCGAGUACCAGUAUAGGUUGGAGCUGGAGAGGAGGAAGCGUGCAAGAAUUGCCGCGCAGCAGGCAAGGCAGGCGUAUUUGGAGAGGCUGCAAGAGGAGGAAAAGCAGAGGCAGCUGGAGCAGCAGAAAAAGGCGGAACUGGCGGAGCGCAAAAGGCGCCAGACCAGCACGUCUGAUGGCGAAGGGGCUUUCUACCCGCCGUUCCACUUCUUCGACCAUAUUCUGGACAGCCAGCUAAAGUCGCGUGAUGACCUUGAGCGCAGGCGUGCGCAGAAAUCGGCUCUAGCCGAUCUCCUGAACGCAUAUUUCGGUAUCGAGUCUAAGGAGGAGCCAAUGGCCGCCAAGCCGCCUUCGCAGAGCCCUGAUCCGCAGAAGCACGAAUCGGUCGAGGGUGUCCGCCCAGAGCCUACCACGGCUGAUGCAUCUCCCAACGACGCCAAGGGUGAAGAGGCUGAGCAGCCGUUCCCGCUCCUCAAGCCCGGCGAGACAAACCCUUCCGUGCUCGACAGCGUGCUGCGCGUUGUCCAUGACCGGCUGGGCGAGAUCGCUGCAGAUGAGGCAAAAUCAACCGACGAUGAUAUCAAGGUUGAUGCCGUUGACGAGUUCAAAGCAGCAAAGCCCGACGACGGUGUAGUGCAGGUCGAGGAGCCCGUCGAUUACAAGACGCUGGCAUCAACCCUGCGCAACCGCGUCAACAACCUCGAGGACGACGACAUCUUCGUGCCCAUCAGCCCGCUGCUCGGAUUCAGCGACGAUGUAUCGGACGUUGGCGGGCCAGUAGCAGAAGAGGAGCCGCAAAAGCCAGCUGAAAAGAGAGCUAAGGAGGCCCCCCAUGUUGUCGAGCCCAAGAAGCGGCAGAGCCCAGAGCCCAUGCAGGUCGACGGGGAUGAACCCUCUGACAGCGAGUUCUCGCGCAUGCUAGAUAACUGCAAGCGCCAGUUGUGCGACAUGCAGGAGGCUACAGCCAAACCUGACUGCGAGGCCGCACGCCGCCGUCGCCGUCGCCGUCACCGUCGGCACCACCACAAAACACGCCAAUCGAAGGAUAUUGCCGAGCCCGUCGAGUCCGAGGAGGACAAGCAGCGGCGUGCUGUGCGCACAAUUGAGGACUACAUACUGGGUGAGCGCAGCAAGAGACAGGCACAGGAGGUGGUCGCGUCUCUGCGCGCACUUCGCGACAUUGAGAAGGAGGUUGACAAGGCGCGCAUCGACUACAACCGCCGCCUGCAUAACACGCAGCUGUCGUUUGUGGCCGACAAGGAUGGCAGCCUGAAAUUGGCGCACAACAAGACCAAUUUUGUCUUCCACGAGUAUCAGGAAGUGCUGGAGCGCCAGCUGCUGAAGCUUGAUGAGGUGCCGAGCUUUGGUGAUGAGACUGUAAGGCAUAAGCGCAAGGCCAUUGUGCGCAAGAUCCAGGCUAUUCUGGAUGCCCUGGACCAGUUUGCUCUGGACCAGGAGUCGGAGCUCAGCGAGGCUGGCGCCAUGGCUGAUAUGUCGAGCAACAGCGAUUUCUAA